AGGGAAGACAACGCAACGCCGUGCACAGUAAUUACGAACCACGCGGCGGCUUUCCUCCUCGUCCUCCUCCUUCGUUUGUCUCCUCCUUCGUUUAAAGAGAAGAGAAUCGCCACCGCCUUUCCUCCUCCUCUCUUCUCGAUUCGAUCAAUCCUGUCUGUUCUUAUCGGCGAUUUUAAUCUUUGUGGUGUUGUGGGCGCAUUGAUGGAGGUUUGCCUUGAGGGGUGAAGCCGUGAAUCUUUGCCCUUUGCUCCUAGUUUCUGAAUCCGUGCAGAGAGAGCACUUUUCUCGUUCUUCUCGGUGUUUAUUGUCCUAACACUUCGAUUCGGGGCCUGAUUCUCUCGGUCUGGAGGUUGCAAUUUUAGUUUUGAUUGAUUGAAUUAGGUAAAGACUGGUUUUUGGGAGGAAAAAAUGGAGAAUAACUGGCGGAAGCGAUCCAAUUUGCAGUCUUUCCUCAGUCGCACAACGCCGGCGGUUCCUGUUUACACCCUACCGAAGGUACAGAUGAGUUCGCGGGAUUUAUACUGGCAGCCUAUCCUGCAAAGCAAGGUUGAGUAUUUCAAUCUUGUAAACCUCUGGGAUCAGUACAGCGAGUGGAGCGCAUAUGGCCUUGGAGUACCGAUCAUUCUCGAUAAUUGUGAUAGCGUAGUACAGUACUAUGUUCCUUACCUCUCUGCCAUCCAAAUUUACACCAGCAAAUCACAUUCUCUUACAAGGAGCUUGUUGGAUGAUAGCGAUAGGGAAUUAUUCAGUGAUGACAGUGAGAGCGAGAAGUUGUCUAGAUCAUCUGAUGCCGUAUCAGAUGACUCUUUCAUCGACCAAGAGGUUUCAUGGCCGACAAGAAACCUCUUGGGGCAAUUGUACUUGCAGUAUAUAGAAUAUGGUUCUCCUUAUGGGAGGAUACCCCUCAUCGACAAGGUAAGCGAACUAGCACAUAUGUAUCCUGGUUUGACAUCACUCAGAAGUGUGGACAUCUCACCAGCUAGCUGGAUGUCGGUUGCUUGGUACCCAAUCUACCACAUUCCAUCUUGUAGGAAUGCAAAGGACCUGUCCGCAUGCUUCUUAACUUAUCAUACUAUCUCUGCAUCGUUCCAAGAGAAUAGUGCACCCGAGCAAAUAACCGAGAACUAUAGCUCUACAAAUGUAAGCAAUGUGAGGGAGAAUAAGGAAGGAAGUAACUGCAUCUCACUUGCUCCCUUUGGUCUUGCCACAUACAAGUUGCAGGGUAGCCUGUGGAUGAACCCCGAAACCACUGACAUCCAACGGAUGAGCUUCCUGUACAGUGCUGCAUAUUCUUGGCUGAAGCAGCUUGGAGUCGAACAUCAUGACUUUGACUUCUUCACCACUCACUAAAUGAAAGUCAUGUUCUUCCCCGCUAAGAGUAAGAGGUUUCAAUGACAUUUCUAACUGCUUUCGACAGGCGUAAGGUGAGUAGCUGGUUUCCAUCAACUUCAACUUCAACUUCGAGUGGUUCUUGGCAUUCUAACUAUUAGACUGAAUCUAAUUAUGUCGGGAUGGUGGUUAUGAUGUUUCAAUUUGCUCGUGGGAAAGCGACUAUGAGUAGCAUGUCUGUUUCGAUAUACUGAUGUAUAAUGAGUUGUCUAUUUUUAGUGUAUCUUUACUCUAACUUCCUAUAA